GCCUCCCUCCCGCCCUUCCCUCCACCGGCCAAUGCUAGGGACGGCCUCCAUGUAUUUAAAGAGGAUAAGAGCCCCUGUACCCAGUUGAGCCGACAGAGACCACACAGGCAGACUUGACCUUGGUCAGAGGGUCUUCAAGAUGCCGAACUGGGGCGGUGGAGCAAAAUGUGGCGCCUGCGAAAAGACAGUCUACCAUGCAGAAGAAAUCCAGUGUAACGGAAGGAGUUUCCACAAGACCUGCUUCCACUGCAUGGCCUGCAGGAAGGCUCUGGACAGCACCACGGUUGCAGCUCACGAGUCGGAGAUCUACUGUAAGACCUGCUAUGGGCGCAGGUACGGCCCCAAGGGGAUCGGGUACGGACAAGGCGCCGGCUGCCUCAGCACGGACACAGGCGAACAUCUGGGCCUCCAGUUCCAACAGUCCCCAAAGACUGCACGCUCAGCCACCACCAGCAACCCUUCCAAGUUCACUGCGAAGUUCGGAGAGUCAGAGAAGUGUCCCCGGUGCGGAAAGUCAGUCUAUGCUGCCGAGAAGGUGAUGGGAGGUGGCAAGCCUUGGCACAAGACCUGUUUUCGUUGCGCCAUCUGUGGGAAGAGUCUAGAGUCCACGAACGUCACUGACAAAGAUGGGGAACUUUACUGCAAAGUUUGCUAUGCCAAAAAUUUUGGCCCUACAGGUAUUGGGUUUGGAGGCCUAACACAACAAGUGGAGAAGAAAGAGUGAAAAGUGUGCCAUAUACUUCCACGGCCUCGAGCAUUUGCC